AUGGCCGCCUCCACCAUGUCCGUCUGCUCUGAUGCUUGCACCAACGCCUCCUGGCAGGUGGAUGACUGCCCAGAGAGCUGCUGUGAGCCUUCCUGCUCCCCCUGCCUGACCCUUGUCUGCACCCCAGUGAGCUGUGUGUCCAGCCCCUGCUGCCAAUCUUCCUGCUGCACACCCUCAUGCUGCCAGCAGUCUAGCUGCCAGCCAACUUGCUGCACCUGCUCCCCCUGCUCUGUGACCCUUUGCUGCAAGCCUGUGUGCUGCACACCCAUCUGCUCUGGAUCAUGCUGCCAGCAGUCUAGCUGCCAAUCCUCCUGCUGCCAGCCCUCCUGCUGUGUGCCUGUCUGCUGCAAGCCUGUGUGCUGCACACCCAUCUGCUCUGGCUCCUCCUCCUGCUGCCAGCCCUCCUGCUGUGCUCCUGUGUGCUGCAAGCCCUGCUCCAGUGUGUCCCUGCUGUGCCGCCCUGUGUGCAGACCUGCCUGCUGUGUGCCCAGCUCCUCCUGCUGUGCCUCCUCCUGCCAGCCCAGCUGCUGUGGCCCAUCCUCCAGUGUGUCCCUGCUGUGCCGCCCUGUGUGCAGACCUGCUUGCUGUGUGCCCAGCUCCUCCUGCUGUGCCUCAUCCUGCCAGCCCAGCUGCUGUGGCCCAUCCUCCAGUGUGUCCCUGCUGUGCCGCCCUGCCUGCUCCAGACAGGCCUGCUCUGGCCAGAAGUCCAGCUGCUGA